CUCUUGUAUGUUUGUGUGUGUUGUGUGAGUGUGCGCGCACGAGCAUGUGCAGAACCCCCCUCUGUCAGGCAAGCAGGCAGCUCUCUCACUCUGAACAGGCGCAGUGUGUGAAGUGUGUGCUGCUCGGCUGGCCUCCCUCCGCACUGAAUGGACUAGAUUCCCAGCCACGUAAGAACACAGCGGCAACACGGGAGAGAGGAUGUCCUGCUGAAUCAAGGGAUAGGCCUGGGAAAGUCGGCCGGCCGUCCCUUCCUUCCUUCCUUACAGCAGCUUUACAGCAGCAGACAUACAAGACAGACGACAAUUUUCUUCCAUUGGACUAGACCAAGAGAAAGAGAGAGGACGUCGACUCCCGCACACAAAGAGCUACAGUUUUUUUUCCGGAUGGGGUUUUCUCCUUCUGUGGUAGAUGACAAUCGCUGUGCAUGGAUAUGAUCCCGGGGAACAAGGCCGAGCACUGACCUGGUACUAGUUAGCCAAGGAAGCUAACGAGUUAGCUUUGCACCUGCUAGCCAUCAUUUGUCUGUCAAAUUGCGGCUAAAUUCAGAAGCUAUAUUUAGCGUGCAAAACUUGCUUUAUACAUUUUUUUUUUCUGUGCCUGAAAGCUGUAUCCAACCAAUUGUUUCCGAUUUAUGAAACGUGCCAUACCAUUAACCGGCAAGAUAAGCUAGCGAGCAAGCUGCGGGUUAACUUAGCACCUUCAUUCAUUGUAAAAGCUGACUUUUGGUAGCCUUUGUUACAGACUUGUCGUGUCUGCUCGCACUGCUGACGUUCUUGAAAUUGCAGCAGGUUUGUACAAAGGGGUUUCAGUCGCUUCUGGGUUGUAAUUCUGUCAUUUUAUCCUGGCCUUAUUUCAUGACUGGAAAACAAAGGGGGGGCAAAUGAACAGUUGAACUCUGCAAUUUAAAAAAAUAAUAAUAAUUGGACCCUUUUUUGUUGUAUGAAAGACCAACAAGCCGGCUCUGCUUGUUGAUAUUCUGUCACAUCUGGAAGGUGCCGUUGAAUCUUCACCUAUUUAUAAAAAAUAAAAUACAAACUUCAUUCAAGAUUUACUAAAGUAUCUGGCACUGAGUUUUACAACAAACUCUACUCGAGGAGGAGAAGAUCAAGGAAGAGGAACGCCCCCGACUUUGUGGAGUUUGCGCACUUAUUCCUCAUGAACAUACAGAGGUCAAAUCCAAUUAACAUUUCACGUUAUGGGAGAUCGCGGCACAAAUCGCACGAUUUCGAAGAUUUGUCUUGCUUAAGGACUACAGAGUCGCACCAGAGUUUCAGUCCUAACCUCGGGUCCCCCAGCCCGCCGGAGACCCCGGACUCCUCGCACUGUAUCUCUCGCAUCGGGGACUACCUUUUGUUGGAGCCACUGGAGGGAGACCACGUUUUCAGAGCCGCCCACCUGCACAGCGGGGAAGAGCUCGUAUGUAAGGUUUUUGACAUUGGCCGAUACCAGGAAUCUCUGGCGGCCUAUUUUGCCCUGGGCCAGCACCAGCACAUUAACCAAAUCUUGGAGAUCUUGCUCGGGGAAACGCGAGCCUAUGUGUUCUUUGAGAGAAGCUAUGGCGACAUGCACUCUUUCGUCCGCACCUGCAAGAAGUUGCGGGAGGACGAAGCUGCCAGACUCUUCCAUCAGAUAGCCUCGGCUGUGGCACAUUGCCACGACAACGGACUGGUCCUCCGUGACCUCAAACUGAGGAAGUUUGUCUUCAAAAAUGAGGACAGAAACCUUGUGAAGCUGGAGAGCCUUGAGGACACUUACAUCCUGGACGGUCAUGAUGACACCCUGUCAGACAAACAUGGCUGCCCAGCCUAUGUCAGUCCUGAGAUCCUCAAUGCCAACGGCAGCUAUUCGGGGAAGGCAGCUGACGUCUGGAGUCUGGGCGUCAUGCUUUAUACCAUCCUCGUGGGGCGCUACCCUUUCCACGAUGUUGAGCCCGGCUCUCUGUUCAGCAAAAUCCGCAGGGGCCACUUCAACAUCCCUGAGACGCUCACACCCAAGGCCAAGUGCCUGAUCCGCUCCAUCCUCCGCCGGGAACCCUCGGAGCGCCUCACCUCUCGGGAGAUUCUGGAGCACCCCUGGUUCGCCUCCUCCGGAGCACUAGGGGUCACCGCGGUGCACGGCAGAGGAGAACGAGAGCAGGAGCAGAUGGUGCCCGAGGUGAACAUGGAACAGGAGUUGGAGCAGUUCUUCAGCUGAGCAAAACACCAAGCACAAACGGACGACUCCCCCCACGGUCGGCUCGCCACGCUCACAGCAGAGCCAAAAACACAGUAGUUUAGAGAGUAACAGGUGAACAUUUGUCACUCAUAAUAAAGGUGUUUCCAUCCUGUUUCCCUUUUCCACCAUUUCAUGGAAAACCUUGAGCCUGGCAUGACAAAUGGCAUCUAUACGUCACCUGGCGACGCUCCUCCCGCUCGGGGGAGGUUGCCGCCAGACAUGCAAGUUGCAAACAAUGUAGCAAAUUUUCUUUUUUCUUUUCUUUUUUUUUUGAUGUGUUUCGUUUAAUGUGGUGCUCAUAAAAGUAGACAAAUUCACCAUUUUUGACACUAUGAAAAGCAUGAAGGGACAUAAGAACACUUCAAAAUGAACUGACAAAGUGCAACACAUCUUUUCUUACAGAUUUAGUUUAGCUUUUUGUCAUAGUUACCACGGACCCAGGGUCAGGCAUCACAACCCCAAGUUAUUGUUAAACAAAUGCAACUUACUGACCUGGGACCUUUUUGAUUAAUAAAUGGAGCUGUUUAGGCUUUUUCUCAUCAACAUGGUUGACGUCGUCUUUGUUUCAUGGUUGUUUUGUUUGGUCAUCUCAUUUGUCUCAGUUUGACAUUGAUAAUUUUAAUAUUAUCACUAAACUCCUUGAAGGCCUUGUUUUCAGUCCUUUGUAUGUUUCUGCCUCCUCGGUCUCUUAUGCCUUUACCACACUUCAUUCACCACCACACUUUUAUUUUCCAUUACAUUUAUUUGUUGUUAAGCUAUUCCACUGUGUUGUUACUGCUGCUUUAAUGUCACUCCCUAAACCUCAAUCUUAAACAGUUUUGUCUCGGUAAACCUCCAAACAUGGCGUUGUGCACUUGAAUGGACGAUUUCACCACUUAAAAUUAGCUUCCUCUUAUUUAAAUUAAUUCUUCAGUUGUAGGAACGAGAACGUAACAUUUAUUUAAAUUGUAACAGCUAUAUAUAUUAUAUAUAAAUAAAUAUAAAUAUAUAUUUAAAAGUACAUUGCAGGAUUUUUCUUUAUUCAGAGAUUCCUUUUUCAUGUAUGAUGUAGGCAAUAUCUUGACACAGGACAGACAGAAAGGGAAAUGUCUGUCUGAAGUUUUGGAAUACACAAUAUUUUCUGUGCCAGUAUUCCGGUGCCCCCGACAAGCCCCAUGCCACCCGAUCUCCCUAAUUUCUUUUUAAUAACUUGAUACGAGAUAUUCAGUGAUAGUGUUGCUAUGACGUGUUCACUCCAGGACCCCAUGUUAGUUUUCUACUGCCUGCGUAAGGUUCUGUGAAACAGUCAUGCUCGGGAUGGGUACCAGUGGACAUGUUUUGUCGUAUCUCAAUGUUACUUGAAUUUGUGUUUUUAUCUAGUCUUUGGCAUGUGCCCCAUGAAUGCUAUAGCCUGCCUAGCAGGGGGGAGGGGUGGGGGGGAGGAGGGUGCUUGUUUUUUAAGAAAAGUUAAAAACAUGAAAAUUCUCAAUUUGUUAUUUUUCUGAGUUGCUUUUCAAUAAAAAAAAAAGCUUUUGCUUUUCUUUGUUUUUGUAGACUGAGCUACCUUUUUUAUUUAAGUUGGUGCUGAUUUGGUGCUAAUGUUUAGUCCUUUUGUUUCACGGAGGGGGGUGGUGCAUGGUGGGAUAUCUGCCUCAGAUGUUCUGAUUGUAUCGUAACAGAUUCUGGUGUUUUGUCCAAAAUUAUUCAGUAAAUAAAUUGUGAACUGCUA